CAUGGAGCCGCCCCCUCUCGCCGCCGUCGUGGCCUUUUCGGGACUGGCGCUGAGCUGCUGCCGCGAGCCCGUUCUGUCCGAAUGUUAUACAGCAAAUGGGGCCGAUUACCGUGGCACACAGAACCAGACCUCCCAACACGCAGGGAAGCCUUGUCUCUUUUGGAAUGAGACCUUUGAGCACCCUUAUAAUACUUUGAAAUAUCCCAAUGGGGAAGGAGGGCUCGGUGAGCACAACUACUGCAGGAACCCUGAUGGAGAUGUCAGCCCAUGGUGCUACAUUGCAGAGCACGAGGAUGGAAUAUAUUGGAAAUAUUGUGAGAUUCCAUCCUGCCGAAUGCCAGGGAAUCUGGGCUGCUACAAGGAUCAUGGAGAGCCACCUACUUUGACUGGCACCAGUGAGACCUCCAAUAAACUUACUAUCCAGGCAUGCAUCAGUUCCUGCCGAAGUCAACAAUUUAAGUUUGCAGGCAUGGAAUCAGGUUAUGCCUGUUUCUGUGGAAAUAACCCUGACUACUGGAGAUACGGGGAGGCAGCCAGUACGGAAUGCAACAGUGUUUGCUUUGGAGACCAUACUCAGCCUUGUGGUGGGGAUGGCAGAGUCAUUCUUUUCGACACCCUUAUUGGUGCCUGUGGAGGGAAUUACACUUCUGCUACAGCUGUGAUCUAUUCCCCAGAUUUUCCUGACACAUAUGGCACAGGCAAAGUCUGCUACUGGACCAUACAAGUCCCAGGAGCAUCUCAAAUCCUCUUCAGCUUUGUCCUUUUUGAAAUCAAAGAUGCUACAGACAUGGUGGAAUUGCUGGAUGGCUAUACCUAUCAUGUUCUAGCUCGUUUUAAUGGGAAGAAUCGGCCUCCCCACACCUUCAACAUCUCCUUGGAUUUUGUUAUUCUGUACUUCUUUUCAGAUGAAAUCAACCAAGCCCAGGGAUUCGCUAUCAGAUACAGAGCUGUGAAGGACAACGUGCAUCAAACCAAGAUUGCAGCGAAUCAGACCCUUUCAGAGAAGAGAAAUGAACACACAAAUUUCAGCAUCAACGCAGCUCGGUCGUCAAAGAUACUUUAUGUCAUCACGACCAGUCCAAGCCAUCCCAGCAGCUCCAUGCCUGAGUGGACAAUAUACAGCCUCACAGCACUGCUCAUCCUAAGCGUUACAGCCAUAUUGGCCAAGAUAUUUCUCCACGUUGCCAUGAAAUCCCAUCAGAUCCCACCUGCAAAUGAAAUAGAGGAUUCCAGUGAGGUUACUGCUGCUGGAGAGAUCUGGAGUAUAUUCUAUCGGCCAUCCACAUCAAUAUCCAUCUUCAAGAAACAGCUGCGAAGCCAACAAGACGACUGCAACCCACUGGUGGGAAACUGAAGUGUCUUUUAUUUUACAGGAACCAAUCUUCUUAAAAUCCAGGUGAUUUGGGAAUAACCCCCCUUUUUUUUUCCCUCCCACUCUCAUACUUGUCUUCCAAAAAGUCAAUUCCCAAAGUCCUUUGCGUGACUUUGUCUGUCUGCUGUUCUCUUUUGUAUACUGGUGGCAAUGGAUUUAAGCGAUGCAAUAAUUUUCAAAUAUCUGGAGCUCAUCAGAUCUGCAGUGCUGUCAAUUACUGCGAGAAGAAAGCGUUCCCCUGCCUGUGAAAUGAAAGCAGAGCUACAUUUUUAAGACUAAUGCCCUUAAUUGCCAAAGAACUGAAACAUCAGCGGGGAUUUGAUCUGUGGAAUAAUUUCUCUUUGAUUGCAACAGACAGCAUUAACUGUUUUUUCUCUUUGGUAGAAGAUCUGUUCACCUACAAUGCUGACUUCUCAUCCCACCACUGGGGAUCAGCAGUGAGUGUGUCAGCCUCAGCAAGUCCAGCCCUGUGAGAUACUUCAGAACAUAAUGACAGUGCAGGUCAGAUAAGUUGUUGGGAACAGCUGGCAUUCAUGAGCAGCUCCUCCAGCUACGGCAGAGCGAAUUCAGUGAGAGCCAUUAAAGUUCUGUAAACCUGGUUAGGACAGAGGGUGUAAAUAUGAGUUUAAAUAUGCUGAUGCUCAAUAACAUAGCAGACACGUGAGCAUGCAGACACUGCUAUGUGCCUGCCAGAGGUCACUGAGUUCACAGUCAGUAUCUGCCCUCCUGUUAUCAACAUGGAAAGCUCCUCCCCUCACGAGGGCUGUAGAUUUCAUUGACAGAAAUAGGGCACUUAAAAACCAAACGGCGACACGUUGUGCCUUGCUGCUCCGAAAGUAAUGCCUCCUGUUUCGUGGCGUCGGCGCCCUUGUGGCUGAUGGCGGUGGUGCGGCAGUAGAGGUUGAAACUUCCCACCGGUAUCCCAUUCCACUGCCGAGUGACAGAUGGCAGCAGAGGGGCACUGACAGCAUGGUGUCUGAUGUGGAAGUGUGUAUAAAGCAAAGGUGUGUCGAUGAAUUCUUCCAUGCAGAAAAAAAAUGACCCCGUUGACAUUCGUAGCUGCUUGCUGAACGCUUAUGGAGAUCCAGCAGUGGAUGUGAGCGCAGUGAGGGGUGGGGGUGCGUUUCAGCACGGCAGCUGUGGGUCACUUCUGCUGGCGCAGGCUUUUAUGUGCACGGCACGCAGGCUCUUGCUCAUCACCGGUGAAAAUGCAUAGUUAAUAGUGGUGACUAUGUUGAAAAAUAGUGCUUUAUAG